UCUUUAAAGCGGCAAACACAUAACCCCUCCAUCAUGGCAAGCCAGGCCCAAUUCUCGAUCCUGGUGAUCAACCCCAACACCUCAACUUCUAUGACAGAAGCCUUGAAGCCUAUCCUAGAAAGCCUCCGAUAUUCAAGUAUCCACUUUGAUUACUUCACAGCACCGUCGACAGAAUCUGUGACUCUCGACGGACGCACCAUACACGGCAUCACCAGCAUCAACUCUGGGGAAGAUUCAGUUGCUUCAGCCUUGCAUUGCAGGCCUUUCGUGGAACCUCUUGUGUCGAAAUAUGAUGGCUUCCUAGUGGCGUGCUACUCAGCCCACCCGCUCGUGGGCAUGCUGAAAGAGGCCAUCCGGAAACAUGAAAAAACACGUCUCUCGGGCCCAAGAAAAUACGUCACGGGGAUCUUCGAAGCCAGCAUUGUCACCUCUCUGUCUUUAAUCAGCUCAUUCCGAAUGACAGGAGAGCCAGGGCUCCACAAAGCUCAGGCCCCAGAUACAUUCGGAAUCGUAUCGACGGGCAGCACCUGGGAAGCUGAACUUAGCUAUGCAGUCAAAGACAUGCUCGUCAGCUCUGGCAGCAAUAUUCAAGUCUCGACUAUGCGUUUUGCCGGCGUAGCCACUACUGGUCUUACUGCUGUUGAGCUUCAUACCACCCCGCCGGAAGAGGUGAGAUGGAGGAUCAGCGAUGCAACGGAGCGACUUCUUCGGGGUACUUCAGCACCCGUUAGUGCGAUUUGCAUGGGGUGUGCUGGUAUGGCAGGUAUGGAGGAGGCCGUGCGAGAGGGCUGUAUUAAGGCUUAUGGCAAGCAGCAAGGGAAUCAUGUGAGAAUUGUGGAUGGUGUAGUGGCCGGGGCUGGGAUGCUGGUGACGGCUUGUAAAGCGGGAUUCUAGUCAUGGCGGUUCAUAAUAGAAUCCGCAGGUGUACCUAAAAAAAAAAAUAACGAAUUUUAUACUACAAUUAUCCAUCAUCUCUGGUCCUUGUAAGUUGCAAUUUAGAGCAAUAACUUGCCGUUGGGAUAAGGCAUUGACGCCUAAGGCAUAAGUCCCCAAAAAGUUCCCCCGCAGAAACGCGAUCCACGCGUCGCUAACUAACCUCGACUGCUUUGCUGGGGAGUGGUCAAUAUGCC